UUUUGAUCUGUCACGAAUUCGGAUAAAUCACUUCCGCAAAUUUUCACAAAACAAUUUAAAACAAUUUACAAAAAGAAUAUCAUAUAAUUCAAAAUGCGGUUCACAGAAAAGAUUGGAAAUGUGCCAUUUGCAUCCCUUAUUGCCUGCAUCAUUGUUUUUGCGGGGGUUGGAGUGUUUUGUGGGACGUUAUAUCGAGCCCUCACGAUUAUUCUGAAGUCAGUGAUGGAGGAAUUGUUUGGAUUCACUGUUUCAUGGCUACAAGUGCUGCAGAUUGUCUUCAUCAUCAUCGCUUGUGUGAUGGCGCUGUAUGCGAUCAUGCUGCUCAUUUUUGGCUUCCUGGCAACUGGAGCCACCAGAAAAAACGUGUACUCUGGAGCCAGUUGCAUCAUGGGAGGAAGGGUGUCGGCAGGAUUUUUCAUGUUCAUAUCGUACAUCCUGAACCUGGCCUGGAUGGGUGUGACUGCCCUGUGCGUGAUCCCUAUUGCUGGCUACCUCAUGCUGCGCUCCAUCUGUUCCACGGAGGUCUACAGCAAGGACGCCUCCAGCCUCGGGGGAUACUGCUUCAGUCUCACUCACUUUGGUAUCUACAGAAACCAGAGUUUCCCUCCAGGAAUCACCCCACCAGGCCGGGAGGCACUGUGUGGUCACACUGAGCUGAGAAGGUUUUGUGAUAAUAUUGAAAUAUCCGGGCCAUUGUUCUGUGUGGCAUUUGUUGGAGCAGUGCUGAUCUGCCUUGGAAUGCUACACUUCAUGGUGAGCCUAGCAGCUAACUACACAAGGAUACGUAUCUCAAAGGAGCUCACAGACCUUCGUGACGCAGUCGACGUGGAAGAGCUCGAACUCCACUCGAAUGACAUUGACAAAAACUCGUCACAAUACUGACAUACGUCCCGCUGGCUGGACCCCGAAUCGAGGCUGACAGAGGAACCAAGAGGACGUCGGGACGAUCAGGGGAGAUGAUAUUACGACGAGGAUGGUAAUAGCGUAUACUCCGAUGAAGAAAGCCUUGAUGACGGUAGACGAUAAUUUUACCUGACCAGAAAACAUUCUUGAUACAUAUGGGUUUGGUUGACUGAGGUUUAUGGGCAUAACUGCCGUAUCUGGUUUAUCUUUCCUCUGGCAGGUAUUACAGUUUUGCGCUGAACACUCAGAUGUGUUUAUACCAGGGCUGGUUCAGUAUGUGUGUGUAUGAGAUAUAAGCAUCAUAUGUGUGAUGUCAUUUUUAUUGGUUGUAACAAGCAGCAGAAUUUGUGUUAUUUUACUGGUUUUAUUAAUUUGCCAGUCUUUUAUAAAUGUAUUGUGCAAUUACAUUACUGUGUUGUUUAAUGUUACUACAUGCAAGGUAAGGGACUUCAACUUUCAUCCAUCACUUUUCAAAUGGAUAGUGUUUUUUCUAUUUGAAAAUGUAAGUGUGAUUUGUUUGAAUUCUCUGAAAAGGAUAUAUGGUAAUAGCUCCAUAUUAAAUAUAAAGUAAGCAUGCACACACAUUUGAUAUGUGUUAAUAGAGAAAGGUCAUUAAACAAAUUAAGUGAUUCUUGAUACUUUGGUUAUACUUUAUACUGUACUAAAUGUUGAUUAUCUAAAUUUAGAAAUAACUCUAGAAGAAACACAAAUGUUAUAAUAACUAUGUUAUCAUACCAGUCCACCAAAGUUCGGUUUGCCUAACGUAUCAGUAAACUUACAAAGAGAAAUACAAAAAUAUAAACAAUAGUCGAAAACAAAAUAAUAUAAAACAUGUUUGUUGUUGUUGUAAAUAACUAUAUCUGUUGUGAGUAUAGAUUAUAUAGCAAAGUUUUUGUAAAAGAAGGUUGUGACAUAGGUUGUUGCUUCUAUAACACAUUUCUAAAGAUUGUUAUGAACAUUAUAUUUGACACUUCACUUCACUGUUAACAUUCCUUUUUAAAAUGUAAAUCAUCAUUCCAAUGGCAUCUAUUUUAUAUUGUGAGCUCAUCAUUUUUAGGUAUUAGUAUUCAAUGUCAUAUAUAAAAACAAAAGCAUGCAGAAACAUGUAUCAACGUUUUUAAAUUAGGCUAAUAAAUGAUUAUUAAACAUGACUAUGAAUUUAAGAUUUAGAAACGCCAUAUAUCUCCUUUCAUUUAAAACACUGGCCUUGUGAACUGUUUGACAGCAAUUUUCGUUUGUGGUGAGUAGUAAACAAAAAGUAAUUGAUUAACUAUUGCAAACUAUCUCUUAAAGUAUUUUGAUUUCAAACUGGCUUUUAUAACAGUUAUUUUAUGUCUAUUUGAUGUGCUGUUUUAUAUUUUAUUUUAAAGUGUUUUAUAGUACUUUGCAGAAAUUUUACUUUUUAUAAAUUUCAAAUGAUUUUUAAUUUUUAAGCUUAUAAAAUAAGGAUAAGUUCAGUGCAAAAUAUGUUAAUGUUGAUAUGAUCAGAUAAGUAUUAUACAAUAAUUGACAAAAUUGACAUGAUGGUUAUUGAAUAUGAUCUGAUAUAUCACUUGAUAAAAGGCAUAUAUGUUUUUGAGCCAGUGAAUAUCAUAUGGUUCUUAUAGCAGUUAAUGAAUGUUACAUGACAUGACUUACUAUAAACUGGUAACUUUAAACGGAAAUUACACUGCUUACAUGUAUACUUAAAAUGAUGAAAUGUGCAAUUAACAUUGCUCUUUGUGAAUUAAGUCAAUAUAUGCAUAUGGGAUGUGUUUGCACACAUGUUAUUUAAGUGUCUAUAAACAGGUACUAAUGCCAGAUAUUUUUAGACCUGACUUUAUACAUUAGAAAAUAUAUUGUAGUUCUUCAGCCACUGUUUCAUUGGGGCACAUUUAACACAGAAUUUGUCAGGGUUAUGUAGGUAAUUUCUGGACGUUUUUUAAUGGUUAAUUAUUUUUUUAAUCUGUAUAGCUAAAAUAAAUUACCAGUACCAUUUUGUCUAAUGAUUAAAUGAUGAAUUGUUGGAUGUAUGUAACAUAUUGAAAACAUUAAUGAACAAUGACAUUUUAAUGAUUAACUGUUAAUGUAACAUAAUAGCUAAUGUACAAUUCACUACACAAAGUGUUCUUAACCAUCGUUGGGGGGCAGAUGUUUUAUAAUAUGACAAAAAUAUACUGGGCAUAAAAUUAGGAUUUUCAUGUGCAUGUGUAAGUCAUUUUAUUUCACUUAACAACAUGUGCAUGCCUAAAAUAGCACACAUAUAAUCAUUACGUAGUAGUUUUUAUUAGCUCACCUGAGCACAACGUGCUCAUGGUGAGCUUUUAUGAUCGCUUUUUGUCUGUUGUCCGUUGUGCGGCGUCAAUAUUUGCCUUGUUAACUCUCUAGAGGCCACAUUUAUUGUCCAAUCUUCAUGAGAUUUGGUCCGAAGAUUGGUUUCAAUGAUAUAUUGGAUGAGUUCGAAAAUGGUUACGUUUGCUUGAAAAACAUGGCUGCCAAGGGGCGGGGCAUUUUUCCUUAUAUGGCUAUAUAUGGCUAUAGUAAAAUCUUGUUAACACUCUAGAGGCCACAUUUAUUGUCCAAUCUUCAUGAAACUUGCUCAGAAGAUUUGUCCCACUGAUAUCUUGGAUUAGUUCAAAAAUGGUAACCUUUGCUUGAAAAACAUGGCUGCCAAGGGGCGGGGCAUUUUUCCUUAUAUGGCUAUAUAUGGCUAUAGUAAAAUCUUGUUAACACUCUAGAGGCCACAUUUAUUGUCCAAUCUUCAUGAAACUUGGUCAGAAGAUUCAUCCCAAUAACAUUUUGGAAGAGUUCGAAAAUGAUGCCUGUUGGUUGAAAAACAUGGCCGCCAGGGGGCGGGGCAUUUUUAUUUAUAUGGCUAUAUAUUUUAAAACCUUGUUAACACUCUCGAGGUUACAUUUAUUGUCCAAUCUUGAUGAAAUAUGGUCAGAAGAUUUUUCUUAAUGAUAUCUUACAUGAGUUCGAAAAUGGUUACGUUGCUUGAAAAACAUGGCCGCCAAGUGGUGGGGCAUUUUUCCUUAACACUCUAGAGGCCACAUUUAUUGUCCGAUCUUCAUGAAACUCAGUCAGAAGAUUCAUCCCAAAAAUAUAUUGGACGAGUUUAAAAAUGAUGCCGGUUGGUUGAAAAACAUGGCCACCACGGGGGCGGGGCUAUUUUCCUUAUAUGGCUAUAGUAAAACCUUGUUAACACUCUAGAGGUCACAUUUAUUUUCCGAUCAUCAUGAAACUUGGUCAGAAGAUUUGUCCCAAUGAUAUCUUGGAUGAGUUUGAACAUGCUUUUGGUUGCUUUAAAAACAUGGCCACCAGGGGCGGGGCAUUUUUCCUUAUAUGGCUAUAGUAAAACCUUGUUAACACUCAAGAGGCCACAUUUAUUGUCCAAUCUUAAUGAAAUUUGCUCAGAAGAUUGGUCUCAAUGAUAUCUUGGAUGAGUUCGAAAUUAAUUAUGUUUGCUUGAAAAAAAUGGCUUCCAAGGGGCGGGGCAUUUUUCAUUAUAUGGCUAUAGUAAAAUCUUGUUAACACUCUAGAGGCCACAUUUACUGUCCGAUCUUCAUGAAACUUGGUCAGGAGAUUCAUCCUGAUAAUAUCUUGAACGAGUUCAAAAAUGAUGCCUGUUGGUUGAAAAACAUGGCUGCCAGUGGGCGGGGCAUUUUUGCUUAUAUGGCUAUAGACAAACCUUGUUAACACUCUAGAGGCCACAUUUAUUUUCCGAUCUUCGUAAAACUUAGUCAGAAGAUUUGUCCCAAUAAUAUCUUGUUAUCUCAGGUGAGUGACUUUGGGCCUUUCAGGCCCUCUUGUUUUAAUUUUCAUUAAAAUCUCAACUCUCUUUUUAACACUAAUGAAAUUAUGAAUAAAGUGUUCAUUUGUAUGCUAUGAUUACCGGUAUAUGUAAAAAUGGUUUUUAUAAUAAAGAUAUUGAAGAAUGUCGGAAUAAUCAUCACUCAUCUGCAGAAUUUGAUUUCUGUUACUUAAAUGUCACUAUAAAUUAACCCUUAAGAAAUCACUUAAAUUUUGUGAUAAAAACGGAUUUCUAAUAUAAGUUUCAAACAUAAUAGUAUGUUUAUUAUAAAAAUAUGUUUAUAAAACAUGUUUCCCAAUUCACCCUGUUAUUUUAUUUUAUCAACCAGCAAUGUUAUUGUAAUAAUUUAAACUUGAUAACUAUGUUUGGUAUUUAUAAAGUAACCAUAAUAGAAUAGCUAAAAACUUUAAUCUUAAAAGAUAUUUAUGUUUAUAUUGUUGAUGUAAUCACAUUAUUUAAGGGCUUUUGUGUGGUUAACAGACACUUUUUAUGCCCCCGGAUAGAAUGAUCGGGGGUAUCUUGUUUUUGACCUGUCUGUCUGUCGUUGUAUGUGUCUGUCUGUCUGUCAUUGUAUGUGUGUGUCUGUCCCAAAACUUAAACCUUGGUUUAUAACUCUUGCAAUAUUGAUGAUAGCAACUUGACAUUUGGCAUGCAUGUGUAUCUCAUGGAGCAGCACAUUUUGAGUGGUGAAAGGUCAAGGUCGUCCUUCAAGGUCUAAGGUCAAUUAUAUGGCUUCAAAGUGGCGCAGUUGGGGGCAUUGUGUUUCACAAACACAGCUCUUGUUAAAAAUGGAAAAUUGAAUAGGAAAAUUGUAUUAAUUCAUUAAAAAAGUUGUGCUUUUAUUAUCAAAAUAGGUCACGGAACUUUAUUUAAUUGGUUUAAAGGCUUUUUUUCAUUAUUUUAAAAUGUACUUUGUAAUAUUCAAAAUAUGAAUACCGGUACAUGUAAAAUGUAAUGCACCACAGCUCUAUACAUUGAUAUGGAAAGAUAUGCUCAAUAAAUAACUUUCUCAGUCUGAUAAUUAAUUCAUAGAUUGGAUAUAAUUUUCAACUAGCAAGUUGUGCUAUAUGAUAACAAUGACAAAAUUUGCAAUUCAUUACAAUUCAAAGCACAAAUCAUAAGACCAUACAUUACUUCUUAUCGUUCUGAUAUCUGGACCUGUUGUAUAUAAGCUUUCUGUGGUUGGUAAUUUAUAUAUUUAGCUCUUCUGGCCAUAGGCCAUCAGAGCUUAUGGGAUGGUAUGGUGUCUGUCUGUGUGUGCGUGCGUUAGACUUUCUCUUGUAUUUCCGAUAAAGUCCACAGUUUUCAUCCGAUUCUUUUCAAACUUGCUCACGACAGUGUCUUAAUAUUUAUGAGGACUCAGACCCUAUUGAUUUUCAGGUCACUGGGUCAAAGGUCAAGGUCACAGUGACUCGAAAUAGUAAUAACUUGUUUAUCGGAUAAAGUCCACAGUUUUCAUCCGAUACUUUUCAAACUUGCUCAGUGUCUUUAUAUUAAUGAGGACUCAAACCCUAUUGAUUUUCAGGUCACUGAGUCAAAGGUCAAGGUCACAGUGACUCGAAAUAGUAAAAUGGUUUCCGGAUAAUAACUCAAGAAUGCUGAGGCCUAGGAUCAUGAAACUUCAUAGGUACAUUGAUCAUGACUGGCAGAUGACCCCUAUUGAUUUUCAGGACACUAGGUCAAAGGUCAAGGUCACAGUUACUCGAAAUAGUAGCGUGAUUAAGUACACAGUUUCCAUCUUAUUUCAGGUCACUAGGUCAGGGGUCAAGGUCACAGUGACUCUAAAUAGUAGCGCGAUUAAGUACACAGUUUCCAUCUUAUUCUUUCCAAACUUGCACAAUGUUUAUACCAGUAGAGCGAUUCAGGCCCUCAUGGGCCUCUUGUUUUAAUAUGGAGGGUUGUGUGUUGACUUGUAUCUUAAAUAGAAGUGAGCAACACUGGGAAAGCCAGGCUUAAUGCAUGCGUGUAAAAUAUUGUCCCAGAUUAGCCUGUAUGGCCUUCGGAUUAGACUAGAUUUGCAUUUAGGAGAGACUUCUUUCAAUGAAGUAUUCCAUGAAAGCAGAAAAAUGUUGCACAUGCAUCAAGUCCAAUUUCCCAGAGUGCUUAAAGGGACUGUUGUCGACCAAAACCCAGUUGCACUUAAAAUAAUAUUUCUUGGUAGAAAUGACCUAGACUAAGAAAUGCUUAGACCUUGGCAUGUAAUAAAUGAAUGCAGAUACACAAUUGUGAUAGUAUUACACCUGUAUUAACUGUUUUGAUCCAACACAUAACAUAUAUGCAUAUUUUAUUUUUAGACAUGUGUUUGAAACUUUGUUCCCUUUAUAGUCUGUAAUGAAUACAUAGGGCCUAUACUGUAAGUAGACACAACAGUGUCUAACUGAACCCUCAACAUCACAUUGGAGCAUGGUGUAUGUGAAUAAAUGAGCCUAGGUCUGCGAAAAACAUGCUGUAUGCAUGUGCGUAAAGUUUUGUCCAAGAUUAGCCUGUGCAGUCUGCAUAUAUGUUAUUUAUAUGGUACUUUUUGUUAUAAUAAUCUUUUUAGUAAAAAUCCAGUUAGAGGGAAAAUAUAGUCCUGAUUAGCCUAUUCCUAAUGCACAAGGGUGGACCACACUUUUCACACAUGCAUCAAGCUCUGUAAUAUGCCUAAUGCACAAGGGUGGACCACACUUUUCACACACAAGGGUGGACCACACUUUUCACACAUGCAUCAAGCUCUGUUUUCCCAGAGUGCGGCUCAAAUAGUUGUU